CGUUCUGGUGCAACAACAUCCUCGCGCAGACAGACAAACAUGGCGUCAUCUCCAAGGUGUCGGACAGGUAUAGACUGGCAGGUGAUGUCCUCGCCGGAGAAAUGGACUUGGGAAUUCUCGAUGUCAAGCGGACAGACAGUGGGCCAUACUGUUGCAGAGUGGACAUAGAUGGCAUUUUCAACGACAAAAAAAUAAUUCAAAACUUAAGGGUCAUGAAAGCUCCAGUGACUGUUUUGCCAACAAGCACCACUGUACAUGUUACAGAAGCUCCUCCUACCACAGAACACUGGAGAGCUGUUGAGUCAUCACAUCUAGCCAUUCCAAGACAGAACACCAGUCUUUUCCCUUCGCAAACACUUAUAGAGGAGCCUCUUCCCAGCUUCUCUCUCCAGAUCAACAUCCCAGUGCUCUCUCUCUCCCUCAGUCUGCUCCUACUUAUAAUGGGGGCCUUGGUCAUAUUAGGGUUUAAACGUAUGUAACCACAAACUCACAUCCUCUGUCGAGAAAAGCCCAGUGUGGUAAUGCUCACGUAUUCAGACAUCUUGCUGUGAUGUGAAAUGUUUGCCCAUAUAAAAGUGUAUUACCACUAACUAAUUAAGAGUAAGUAUUUCAUUGUAGUGUGUACAAUGUGCUGAAUAUGCAUAUUGAUGAAUAAACUUUGAUUUGAGUUAAUUUCAACUAUUUAUUUUCUUCUCUAGGAGGGAUUCACAGAAGAGCUUUAAAGACAGGCUGGUAAGCAAACACAUGAUAAAGCACGACUGACAUGUAAACAUAUGAUUGAACACAAAACAUUUGUAAAAAAUUACGAAGACAAAUUUGACAUAUAAAUGAACGAAGAAUGUAUAGACUACAAUUAGACCAAUUACUUAUCAUUGAUUAGGAAUGAUCAAUGCGUGAUGAUGUUGUGUCACUCUAGUUUGUCAGCCAAAGAGCCGCCCCACAUCAUCUAUGAGAUCCGCAUGAGGAGACCUGUGGAGGAGAACAUCUAUACUCUGGACUAGGGUGGAAGGGCCAGAGCACU